AUGCUUCGACAGUAUGUUGCAUUACAUUGGCAGCGGAAAGUCCCUCUCUGGCAUUGCACCACAAGAGUAAUAGUGCGGCAGUUAACAUGCUCUUCAUCACUAUACUCUUCACACACAACAGCAACAACAACAACAAAAACAAAAACAACAAUGAAUUCAUUUGAUGGAAAGGGAGAGGCAUUAGAGGCAUCUAUUGCACGUAUGCGGAAUAUUGGUGUAGUAGCCCAUAUUGAUGCUGGCAAGACCACCACCACGGAGCGUAUGCUUUUCUACGCUGGUGUUGUUAAACGUAUUGGGGAUGUUGACAGUGGGACCACCACCACAGACUUCAUGAAGGAGGAAAUGGAUCGCGGCAUUACGAUUCAAUCCGCGGCUGUAUCUCUACACUGGCGGGGGCACGCCAUUCAUCUCAUCGACACUCCCGGCCACGUGGACUUUACGGUGGAGGUGGAGCGGGCCAUGCGGGUGGUGGACGGCGUGGUGGCCCUCUUCGAUGCCUCCGCCGGGGUUCAGGCGCAGAGCCACACCGUACUGCGUCAAAGCCGAAAGUUUGGCACGCCCGUUAUUGGAUUCUUAAAUAAAAUGGAUAAAUACAACGCCAACUUUCAAAAGUCUGUGGAAUCGAUUCGCACCAAGUUGGAGGUAGAGCCACUACUCCUGCAACUUCCCCUCACCGCAGAAGACGGUGGCUUUGAAGGGGUAGUGGAUGUAGUGGAGAUGCGAACAUGUCGUUUCAACGGUAAACACGGGGCAGAGAUGGAAGUGAGAGAUUUGCGUUUGACUAAUUGUGAACCUGAUCACAUUAUAAAAGCCGCUCUUAACGCACGGCAUACACUCUUUUCUACAUUAACAAAACUCGAUGACACUCUGUCGGAUGCGGUGAUUGCCGCACUGGAUGAGGCAGACGGGGAUGAGGAAAAGGCGGAGAGUCUCAUCUCAUGUGAUGUACUUCGUGCAGCUAUUCGUCGACAAACACUACGGCAAGAUGUUGAAAGACCUCUUAUGCCAGUACUAUGUGGAGCCUCUAGACGAGAUCAAGGUGUACAACCCUUAUUAGAUGCUAUUACAUAUUAUUUACCAUCUCCUGUAGAUCGACCACUAACAGGUUAUACACGUGAGAAGGAGAUUGUUCCACUUCCAUCAGCUUCAGCUAUUCAUCAUGUUCCCUUAUUAGCAUUAGCAUUUAAAGUAACACAUGCUACAGGUCCAAAAGGAAAACGUCAACCUUUGGUAUUUUUCCGAAUAUAUAGUGGUAAGUUAACUCCAAAAAUGACACUUGUAAAUAAUACCAAUAAUCGUCAUGAAACUAUUGAAAAAUUAUAUGUUAUGCAUGCAAAUCACCAAGUAGAGGUUCCACAACUUGUAGCAGGAGAAAUUGGAGCAGCUUUUAUGCAGCAUACAAAAACAGGUGCUACCCUUUUUCAUUCACCGAAGCAUGUACAGUUUAAUACAAAAGAUGCUUCUAAAGAAGUUUUUACACUUGAAGGUAUUGAUGCUCCACCACCUGUAAUUUCUUUUUCUAUUGAAGCGGCAACAAAACAACAAAUUCCUUUUCUGGAAAAUGCUUUAGAGGAAUUAAGUUUUGAAGACCCAAGUUUAUGUGUUCACAAGAAUGAUUUUGGACAAAUGGUGAUAAGUGGAAUGGGGGAACUUCAUCUUGAAAUUGUCAUGUCAAGAUUAGAGCAUGAAUAUCAACUUAAAUGUCGUCUAUUACGUGCUAUCAUAGAGUAUCGUGAAGUCAUUAAGGAAUCUGUAGAAUUAUCCCAAAAAGUAGGGACCUAUAAUGAACUCCCUUAUAUAGAGUGUUCACUUUUGCUGCGACCUCUACUAGAGGCGGAUGACUCCUGUACACCGAGUCAAAAAUGCUGCUUUAUCGUAGAUCCCGAUUUUGCCUCUCAGUUUCUUUCUAAUGCAACUUCAUCAUUAUCAUCUUCACAACACCAACACGGUGAUCGCCGUCGCCGUACGGAGGAUUAUCACCGCAACGCCAAAGAAGAACUUCGACUUCUCACAGAAGUAUUUAGUAGCGCUGUUGCCGACUGCUCUCAUCUCGGACCACUCGCGGGUCUUCCUCUACAUGGUGUACAAGUCAUACUGACAGGACUUCGAAAACUUAGUAGUACACAAUUAACAGAACGACCAUUGGCACAAGCAGCUCGUUCACUUGUAUUGGAGUUAUUACGUUCUGUGCCCAAAUCCCACCUUGCCGCACUUGAGCCAAUGAUGGAAGUGGAGGUUCAUUUGACAGAGCCAACUUAUAUUGGACCACUCGUAAGCUCAUUAAAUGAACGUAAGGCUGUUACAGUAGAUAUUCAAGAAGAUGGAAGAUCAGUGAAGGCAAUUGUUCCUAUGCGGAACAUUGUUCGAUAUACGAUGGAACUUCGAAAAACCGUUAAGGGACAUGCUAACCUUUAUACACGCCUGCAUCAUUAUCGUGUAAUUGAAGAUAAGGCUGUUUUCUCUCGAAUUAUGAAGAAUUUGGGCAUCUACGAAGAUAAUUGA